AUGAAGCAGAUGAAAUAUUAUAGCCGCAGUGAGGUGAAACAGCACAACAGUGAAGGUGAUUACUGGGUAAUCGUCGACGGCGGAGUUUACGACUUGAGUCGCUGGGCACCGUAUCAUCCCGGUGGAGAACUCCCGAUACGUUACAUGGCCGGCCAUGACUGUACAGAUGUUUUCAAAGCUUUUCACCUCCCUUCUGUCACAGAAAAGAAGUUGCCAGCAUUUAAAAUUGGGGAGAUACGCGACGAAUGCAAACCCUGUAUAAAUGAGUCUGCUUUAGACCAAGACUUUCGUAAAGUACGAGACGAACUUGAUGGACGUCUGGACACCGAUUGUAAGUUGAUCUUUUAUUGCUUGUGACAAAGCCUUACCACUGCGGCCUUGAAUCUAAGCGAACUCCAGACAGUUAGAAUGUAUUCCGGUUUUGUAUUUUUUGGUUAGAACGUCCUGGAUUUCACUGUUUCAUUCAAUCUUCCGUCACCCUCGCUGCCAAAUAACUUUUCCUUGAAAGAAAAUUUUCUUUGAUUUUAUAAACUUAUGUAAUAUUUCUAACAUGCCUUACUCUGUCUUAAUUGUGAAAUUCAAAGUCAAUUUUAUGACAGACGAGAUGCUGAACAACCUUUGCAGCCAUUUUUCUUGAAACGUAAGCGUAAGCUUAUAUUUUAUUUCGUUUUGGUCUUGGCCGAAUAGAUAUUUAAUCAAAAAGUUGUGUAAUAGUCAACCAGUUCUAUGAUAAAACGUUGAAUCUUAAUUUUCUGUGGGAGUGGUUGUAUGUCCGUUUCAGUUUCUUUGAAUAUGUUAGAAACAAAAAAAGCCUCGUAGCUUUCGUAUUCGAUAUGUAGACAGUUAACCUCACCCAGCUUAAGUUUGUUGUUUUUAUAUUCAAUCAACUGUCUGUCUUGUCAAAAAAAAAAAAAAAUCAGCAGACAAGGUUGUUGAACUUGUGGCGUUCGCAAUAGACAUGCGUUCAUCUACACGCCAAGGAUUUUUUUUGGAGUUUGCUGGAGGAUAUUUAAAUGUUAUUGUGCUAAAAAUUCAAGUCUUGCCUUUGUUUUUCUGUCAUUUUAGCAAUGGUUUUCCCAUAAUUUAAUCAUGAGAAAUGACUAUUCGCCGGCUUUGGGCAUUAUUUUUUUUGGUGGAAAAUUCUUUUAUAACGGCUUCAUAAAAGACAAAGACCUCAGUGCUAAGAUUUAUUUUUAGCAGGUCAAGUAGUGAAAUUGGGAGAAAACAAAUUUGCAUAUUUCUCUUUUUGGUCAAGUUAUUAUGGCUUGGUUGAAGUGAAUGUUUUUGAGGAUUCUUAAACUUAAAAAUCAGGAUUUUUAUGUUAUUAUUUACUGCUUGCAUUUUACUAAAUUAAAAGGUCCCAGAACAAUAAGCUAUGCUGGAUAUACUCUAUCAGUAGAUUCACAUUCAGAAUGCAUUUAGCAAAUUUCAGUUCUUAAAAAAAAUUCAAAGUUUUCACUGUCGAAGAAAACACAGUUGGUAAUUUGUUAGUCUUAGAUAUCUGGGGAUUUAUCUGGUGUGAAAACCAAAAGCAUUGUGUAAAGUGUCGAAGCCAAAAAAAUUUCUGUUUACUUUCUGUAUGCUAGCUUGUCAAAGAAUAUAAAUAAUCAAUUUUCUAGAAUUCUCUUUUGACCAAACAAUAAAUAAGUAAAUAAUUAAAAAAGGAACAAAGGCAAUAUUUCGUCUGCAGGAUUGAUUUCAUGCAGUAAAAUUUUUAUGACCGCACAGAAAUUCAGAAAAAUAAAAUAAUUUUUAUGAAAAAGCAGUCAUGAAGACUAAAGGGAUACUUUUUUAUGAAAUUAAUAAUGCUUUUAAGGGUUUUGGUUGUUUAUUUCUUUUUUUCCUUUUUUUGUAAGAGAAUCUUGUUUGUUAAUGCCAGUGUAAUAGAAUUACUUAUAAAAACCAAAUCUCUAAUUAAUAAAAAAUUAAUAAUGUUAGAGUUGAGAUUCCUACACAGCAAAGUUAUUAUUACAAGGUUUUUGAGUGGAUCCCAGUAAGGAUGUUUCAGAUCUACACAAUUUUGUUUUGUUUCUAAUAAAAAUGAUUGUGACAGUGUUUGAUACUGCAUCGAUGUCUAGUAUUAUUAAAUUUAUCAAUAAAUGUCCUAUGAUCGUGAAGCACAGAUUUUAAUGGUGCUGUAAUUAAUGCUCUGAGGUUUAUUAAUCCAGAACCUAAUGUGUAAAUAUUUAUUGGAAAAAAAGCAAAUCAUCUACAGGAAAUAUUUUAAAGCUGCUGUGUUCAGUGAAACGCAAUUUGCAUUUAUGAUUUCAAUAGCCAUAAACCACUAGCUUAGCUACAAUGUACGCCGUGUACAUUUAAAAACUUGAUAGCACACCCCUGGUCCCAUAUUUUGAAUGAUACAAAAAUAUGAAAAGGUACAAAUUCUGUUAAAUUGUUCUCAGUAGCUCUUUGCAGCUACAGCCAGUUUUUGCAUCAACCAUUCUACACUUCAACAUCCCCUCAGGCAAACCGUGGUCAUUUGUGAUGACCAUCCCUUAUGAUGAGGUAGUGGGGAAUGUGAUCUUUGCCUAGCUAGGCUGGGGAAUUUGAAAGGCCCGUUAGGGACUUGUCAAGUUUAACUUCUUUGUAUGAUCCAGGUUUGACAAAGUGGUUUGAUAGAUGUGAUCUUUCGUCUUUCUCUUAGUAACAGAGAUAGAGAAGUGUGAAGGUAAAGAAACAGCUUUUGUUAACAAAUUGCUUGUUUGGCAAGGGCUUUAAAACAUACAUGUAAGCGUUCUUGAAGGUAUUAAUGUAGUGCAAAUCAAGUGUCAUGUGGAUUCACUAAACUCUAUUUUUUGAAUUCGCAAUCUGCAAAACAGUUCUUCUCUGGGAGGGGCAUUUGACCACUACAUUGGGCUAAUGUAACAGGAAUUUGAACAGGCUUGUUUUGAAAGGGGGCUGUCUGGGGGAUGUUGAUGUUUUGAUUAUUAAUAAAUACAGUUUUGAAACAUUACAACAAUAUAAGUUUAAAAAAUUAUUUCUGUUUUAUUGCAAAUAGAUUGGUUCUAUGUCAAGCAUUCCAUCAGCUUGUGCACAAUUUUUGCAGCAGUAAUGUAUGGAGUGGUAUUUAGCAAUAAUGUGUACAUACAAGUGGCAUCAUCCAUAACCAUGGCUUUAUUUUGGCAACAAAUGGCAUUUAUUGGACAUGACACUGGCCACACAGCCAUCACUCAUGAUUUUAAAAUGGACCAGUUGAUCGGCAUAUUUGCUGGGAACAUGACAACUGGAAUCAGCAUUGGAUGGUGGAAAAAGAGUCACAAUGCUCACCACAUUGUGACAAACUCAGUGGAGUUUGAUCCCGAUAUCCAACACUUGCCGGUAUUGGCCAUCACAGACAAGUUCUUCAAGUCAGUCAGGUCAAUGUAUCAUGAGAAAACCCUUACCUUCAAUGGACUGGCCAAGUUUUUUGUCUCCAACCAACAUUGGCUGUACUACUUGAUCAUGGGUCUAGCUCGUUACAACUUGUAUGUGCAAAGUUUUCUCUUGGUGUUUUCAUUACCAAAUGGACGGGCCAAAUAUCUUGAAUGUCUUGGCUUGGCAUUUUUUUGGACAUGGUAUAUUUACCUGUGUUCCUUUUUACCAUGUUGGACAUCAUUGUUUAUUUUUGUUUUUGUUGCGCAUUUUCUCGCUGGAGUUCUUCACAUUCAGAUAACUCUGAGUCACUUCUCCAUGAAAACUUAUCACGGACACCCCAUGGAUGCUUUCAAGGACAGCGAGUUCCUUCUCUCACAACUGGCGACAACAAUGGAUAUUGAAUGCCAUCCGUGGCUUGAUUUUAUCCAUGGUGGGCUUCAAUUCCAAAUUGAGCAUCAUCUCUUUCCAAGACUUCCACGUCACAGGCUGCGAGAAGCAAAAGCCAAGAUCCAAGCACUCUGUAAAAAACACAAUGUGCCUUACAGGUCCAAGACUUUCUAUGAAGCUAAUUUGGAAAUCAUCGAACAGCUAAAGGAAACAGCCUUGAAAGCCCAGUGUAUUUCUCCUCUAAUCUGGGAUGGAAUUAAUGCAAUUGGUUAAAAUUCUACUGGUUAGUUACCUUUUAACUCGGUAUAAUAUUGUAAUGCUUAGCCUCUCAAUUAAUUCUGACUAGUAAGGAUUUAUUUUUCCAAGUCAGUGUACUUGACCAGUAGUAUACUUUUUGAAAUUACCUGGUUAAGGACAGCUGUCAACUACAUCCUUUUGAUGGCAAUGAUUAUUUAUUGUCGGUUUUGAGGUUGUUUUAACAUGAAUUUUUUCGUGGGAAGUUAAUUGUUUUCCAAGACCUUUCCAGUAGUAUAUUAGAAUGAUGAAUGAUUAGUUUAUUGUUAAUAGGCAUUUUUUUUUUGAAGAGUACUAUUUAAGCAAUAGAAAAGGCUUUCCGUGUUUGCAUAGCCUAAUAUAAACAUGAGAGGAGUUGGGAGAAUUCUAGACAGUUAUGCAAAUCCGAGACAAAGUCAAGGGUUUGCCUAACUAUCGAGAAUUUUCCCAGCCCCUCAAGUGUUUAUAUCAGGAUAUGCAAACACAGGAAAAAAAUUCUCUUUUGCUUUUCUAAAAUAACUUUCCCAAGAAAAAAAGCAAAACUCUUUUGUUCAAGGGACUGAUUAAAAGAGAAAUUCUUACCAGUCACGAAGUCUUGUACACAAAGAUUUGAAUGCGUGAUCAAGUCCCUGUUUUGCAGAAAAGAUGCUUUCCAAAAUACGGGUUUUUCUCGCUCAAAUUGUUAGCUCAAGCGAAAAAACAUUGACACUGCAUGUUUCUAAAGAUUUUCCAAGUUUCGGCUGACGAGGAAAUGGGUUAAAGUAAACUUGACAAGUUUUUCAACUCAAACUUUUUCACAUUCAUGCUUCCAUGAUUAGCGCGCGAAAAGCAAGACAUCUUGACAUCACAACCAUGUUUAAAUACUCUCAUGCAAACACGCCUCUUGGCCAAUCAGAGAGCGUGUACUAUCUUAGUUAUUUUAUAAAUUAUAAUAACUUUGAUUGAAUGGCGGGAAUACUUUCGAGGCCAUUUUGAUGUUGUGUGGUACGCAAAGUGUUUGAAAAAAGGUGGAAAAUAAUAUUACUUGCACAACUGUUAAAAACCUACCAAAAUAAAUGUAAAAUAAAGUUAUUUUUAGAUAAUGAUGCAGAUCAGCAUAACUCAUGAACUGCGGACUAUGGACUGGCUGUUGCAACAAUAGACAAGGAAUAACAAGUAAGACACAGUCAGUAGUGGGGAACUUGGUGAACAGAAAUAAUGUAAUCAAUUCAUAUAGGGAAAAGACCACAAAUAACUGAAUGCAAUAACAUAGGUCUUCAGAUUUUGCACUGUGUAAUCUCAUGUUUUAUGUUAAUUACUACUAAGGUUUCUAAAACAUAGUCCAAAGGUCACAUUUUGUGCCCAGUCUGCAAUCCAUAUGUUUACCCAGCCUAUAGUCUAUAGUCCAGGUUUUAUACUGACUAAAUCAUAGCAGUUUAGAAGCUGAUAACAUGUUUGAAAGGUUUUGGCAAUGUGCAGGUGUGAAUAGUUUUUUUCUGGCUCAAGUUGGAGCUCCAAUUAUAUCAGAGGAAUUACUCAACUUCGAUGGAAUUUCCAAUUUAUAAAAGUAUUAUUCUUUGUGAUUAUGCCAGAUUCUGUUGGAGGUAGUUUUAUAGUGGCGUAUGGUGCUUGAAAGGCAUUAUUCUACCUCAGCUGCCAUUAGGCGGGAAUAUCCGUGUCUGGCAUUAACCAUACUUGGAGCCUUGCUCCUGAGCUGCAGACACAAUAGCAGUGUAAUGAAAUACUGGAAUAUUCCGAAUAUUGACUGUACUAUAUUGAAAAUUAGUUUAACAGUAGACCCCUUUCAUUUUGGAAUUGUAAACAUUAAAGUGUUAGGUAAUAAAUUCGUUACAUAUUUGGAAGAGAACUGGGAGAAAUUUUAAAACAAAAUUUAUUGAAUUCAUAUUUUUAAAAUUAUUGUUGGAAUUGUUUAUUUACUGGUUAGCCUUGAGCAGAAUAUAUUUAUUGAAAUGAACAUAUGAAUUUUAACUCUUUCAAUGUUAUGUUUUCUGGCUUUGCCAUACAGUCUAUCAAUAUUUUUAAGAAGUUUUGAUUCACUUUAGAGGCAGUUUAGUUAGAGGAACACUGUCACAUUCUAGUAACAAUUAUGAUGGAGCACUUUGUCCUCACAUUUUAGAGUUUUGAGCCUUCCUUUCUUUUAUUUCAGUGGUAAAGUAUAUUCUUAAACAGUCUCAUUACUCUCAGGGCUCUCAUUAAAUUCUGAAGCAGCCUUGCAAAUGGAGAUUCACCUGUGCCACCUUAGCAUUGUACUUUGAUGACCUGUAACAUCAAGUGAGCUCAGCUGUACAGGUGUUACGGGUUACGGCUCUUAAUGACAGCUCCGACUCUUGUAAGUACUUAACUGUACAAAAAACGCCAUUUUUGGCAAACACAUAACAGUUUGUCCAUAUCUUGUGUCAGUGUUGCUUUAACUAUAAAUUAACAAACAAAUGGUAGUAAGGGGUAGGUCCAAGAUUUAUUACUAGACACUGGGUCCAGACUUUAGCGCACAAUGUAAAUCUUUGUAUGCUAUGUACCUUCAGUCGUAACAAUCAGCAUGGAUGUAUUAGUCAAUAAAUAAUACUACUUUAAAGAUAUUUUUUCUGAUAGGUUUGUUUAGGGAAAGUCUGGACCCUGUGAAUCCUUUCACUGGAUUUUCUGUUAGUAGUGCUUAAUUUUUAUCCAGUUACCUAAAAAUUUCAGCCUCUUUAUUUGGUUUUUGAAAGGUUGCAGGUGUUAAAACCAGCCCCAAAUUAUUUAAAUGCUGUGCUGAAAUAAACAUUAGUUUCCAGAGGGAGAUAAGACAAUAUUAAUGUUAUACUGUACUCUAGUGAUGUGCUGUUGAAAAUAAAGUUUGUCCAUAAAUUUUAAGUGGCUGGAAUUGCAACUUAAGCUUUCAUAGCAGGUGUUUAGAGGUGGCUAAUGGUAAAAUCUCAGUUUUUAGAACCUUGUACACUCUGAAAUGGAAGAAAUGCCCAAACAAGAGACUUUGAUCACCACAAUACUUUU